CAGACUCUCGGUCGCCAUGUGGACGCUACUGCUCGCACUCGCCUCGGUGCUACUUCUGAUCCGGUUUCUGCUCAUCUUCGCAUCUCGAACAAGAUCUAAUGAUGAGCCACCCUUAGACAAAGGAUUGAUUCCAUGGCUCGGUUAUGCCCUCGAGUUUCGGAAGGAUGCUGCAAAGUUUCUGUCAGAAAUGAAGAAGAAGCACGGUGACAUUUUCACGGUUCGAGCUGCUGGGCACUACAUAACCGUGCUGUUGGACCCCAACUCAUAUGAUGAGAUCCUCAACAAUUCAGACUCACUGGUGUACAGUGGCCAGAAGGUUACAGAGAAGGUCUUCAGCCUAGAUCUCACCAGUCACAACAGGGCUGAGGAGAAGCGUUGGAUGCAGCAACGUUUCCACGGGGAGAACCUGGAUGAUUUGAGCAGGUCAAUGUACAAGAACCUCCAGGUCCUGUUGCGAUCAGCUGAGAUCGUCCAGAAAAUGACUGAGUGGAAGCAGGAUCAGCUCUUCAACUUCUGCUACAGCCUACUCUUCAAAGCUGGGUAUCUCACACUGUUUGACAAAGAGCACAACGGCAGUAGCGUUGACCUGGCUGCAAUUUACAAGGAGUUUCGCACCUUUGAUGGCCUCCUUGCAAAAAUGGCACGCUCAUCCUUGAAGUCUGGGGAGAAACAGGUGGCAUUCUCUGUGCGCAAGCGGCUGUGGGACCUGCUCUCUCAAACCAUGCAGAAUGGCAGUGGGAGUUCCCAUUCCUGGCAGCAGGACUACCGACAGCUCUUGGAGGAGAACGGCAUGGACAAGGAGGCACAGCGACGCGCCAUGCUACUGCAGCUCUGGGUCACACAGUGCAAUGCUGGUCCUGCUGCCUUCUGGCUCCUGGGGUUCCUGCUGACCCACCCAGAGGCCAUGCGAGCUGUACGGCGGGAGAUCGAUGACCUCCUACAGCAGGGCGGUGCGUCACAGGGCCUCCCUCUGGACAAGAAGGCAGAAACACCUGUGUUUGACAGUGUCCUGAGCGAAACCCUUCGACUCACCGCUGCUGUUCUUAUCAGCCGGGAGGUGAAGCAGGACACGAUGCUGGAGCUAGCGGAUGGACGGAAGUACCGCCUGCGGCGCGGAGACCGGGUGUGCCUCUUCCCUUACCUCAGCCCCCAGAUGGACCCUUCCAUUCAUGACGAACCGGAGGUGUUUAAGUUUGACCGGUUCCUGAAUGCGGAUGGAACCAAGAAGACGGACUUCUUCCAGGGCAAGAGCAGGCUGAAGUAUUACACUAUGCCAUGGGGGGCAGGGACGAAUAUCUGCGUUGGCCGAGAUUUUGCCAUCAGUGCCAUCAAACAGUUUGUGUUUAUGGUGUUGACCUGCUUUGACAUGGAGCUGAGUGACCCGGACUCCAGCAUGCCGCCAUCGAACACCAUUCGCUGUGGCUUUGGGAUGCUACAGCCUGAAGGAGACCUGAAUAUACGUUACAAAAGGAAAGCGUUGCUUUAGGAGCUGACAUUUCAGAUGUUCCCUAUCUGACUUGUAAACUGUCUUUGUAUGUCGUCCUGGUAUUUAUUUUAUUUCAUUAAUUUUUGUUUAUAUUUUGUGAUUGUAUUUACCAGAUAUCCAAAUUAUUUAAACUGCUGUUGAAUAUCAUUUGAAUUAAACAUGACAUCAGUAAGAAAA